AUGGAACAAACGCUACGAAUAUUCCACCGUCUUCUGUCUAUUGGUGGUAUAUCAAUAUUCGCUAAAUCGAAUUGGGAUACAAAACCAUGGCUAAUAUUUCAAAUAUUCAAUUUCAUUGUUGGUUUUUUCUGCUUCAUUUUUACCACUGGAUUCGUAGUCACAAGUACUGCAGAUCUCUUGGUAUUCAUUAAUGGGGCUUGUAUUUGGGCGACGGGGGUAAUAAUGUCCAUAACCCUGGCAGUAUGUCUAGCUUUCAGAAGAAACUUCCGGAAAUUUCUAGAAGAAAUGAUCUUCGUGGACCCUUUAUUAGAUAUGCCAUUGGUCAAAUAUGUCCUUUCUGCAGAAGGAGGGGUAAAGUCUAAUGAAUUAAAGCAUUUAGUGAAUAAUACACAAGAGAAAUUGUUCAAAUAUACACGAAUUUUACUAAAAUGUUACGUAUUUUGUGUAAACUUUGUGGCAACGCUGUAUCUUUGCAGUCCAAUUUAUGAAAUGAUUAUUAGGAAUGACAAGUCUUUACGACUUUUGGGUUUCGACAUGUGGUUUCCUUGGGAAUUAGAUAAUUUAUACGUCUACAUAGCUACUUUUAUUUACCACGUUUAUGCCGGGUACUUGUGUGGCGUCGCGUACCCCGGUCUACAAUCAAUGAUUAUAUUGCUCGUUGGUCAAAAGAUACGUCAUUUGAAAGUACUGACAUUCAUUAUUCUGAAUCUUGACGAAUUGGUUACGGAGUAUUUGAAGCAGAAGAAUGAACAGUGGCAACCAUGCUGCACAGCAGUACUGGUACAGUGCGUGGACCAUUACGUGAAACUCAAGAGAUUUAGUAAUAGACUGAAUAUAAUAUGUCGACCGUUCUACUUGACCCUUAUAUUGGUGUCUAUUGUGCUUGUUUGCAUGUGCUCAGUAAAAAUCGCUGUAUCGGAUAAGCUAUCGCUGGACACAAUGAAGUAUUACACCCACGCAAUGAGCUUUAUUCUAGUGGUGCUUAUGUUUUGCUUAUUGGGACAGCAAGUGGAGAAUCAAUGUGAAAAUUUAGAAAUAUCUGUCACGGAAAAGUGGUAUAUAUUCGACAGGCAAUACAAACUGAACAUGCAGAUAUUCAAUAAUGCACUCAGUCAAAGGAUGCCUAUAUAUAUAUUUGGAACUGUAACAUUAUCAUUGCCUACUUUCACAUGGUUCAUUAAAACUGGAAUGUCAUUUUUUACUUUAGUGAUGUCAGUGAUAGAGGACUGA